AUGGGUUGCGGUGGAGAUCGUGAAAAGGCGGAGGUGACAAUGGAGGAGAAAUGGGACUUUCUGAACCUGGAUGACUUCCGAGUAAAAACAUGCUGGACGCCGUUUUCAUAUUUCUUCCUCUGGGUCUUUUUAAUUGUCUCUAUCGCCGUGUAUGGUGUCGACAUCUUUACCGCCGUCAAUCUUCUGGUCUUCUCACACUGGUCCGGCCGUGUUGAGCCUGCCAUCCCAUUCACAGUCUCUCGCUGGCUUUUCGCCGCCUGUAUCAUUGCUUCAUUAGUUCUGCUGGUCUACCGGUGGAUCUUCGCCAUUCGUGCCAUUCGUUCGAACAGUGUCACUCGUAACUAUUUGGAUCCCCUCGCAGUGCGCAUUCAAUGCUUCCGGGUCUUCACUCGGGAGGGCCGCGGCUGGAAACGUUUCCUCGUGUUUGCGGAGUUGACCAAGAGUAAGAAAGGCACCGAAAUCGUGGCCUUGUAUACCUACUUUGCCUUCCAAUGUAAGUCCCUCGGUGCCCACUCUGCGGAAUCACGGCUCACCAUCACCCCAGUCUGGAUGAAUACUAUUUUCGCGGAUGGCCCUCGCCAGGUUAUCAAUGCGAUCACUUUGUAUUCCGUUAUGAAGGCUGAUCUCCUCCCUGGUGGAAAGAACGCUCAUGACAACAGCAGUACUGGAAUUGAGCAAUUCUUCAACAAUCUCAAGUUCCUCGCGGAGGAAAACCAUCUUCAGGCCGUAGUGCUAGCGGGUAUGCUCUUCACCCUGAUCAUUUGGGUGCUGUCCGUUUUGAAACUCAUCUCGGCCGUUAUUCUCUACCUGAUCUACCUCUUUCAUCACAUUCCACGGGAAGAUGGCAGCCUCAAAGCCUAUUGUCGUCGCAAAAUCAGCAAGCGACUGAUGCGAAUUGUCAGGUACAAGGUCGACAAAGCUCUCGCCAAGGGACUGCAGCUGCAGGACCGCAUGCCAACUCAGCCCAGUCUCGCGACUAUGAACACGAGCCCAACCUUACCUUCGCUGGAGGAUAAGGGUCCCAUCGUUACUACUAUGUCUCGCACGACAACUCAAACAACCUUGGCACCUUCUUUCAAGAGCUCGGCGACCGUGUUGGAUAAAGAUCCGACGCUGCCAAAUCUAGAAUUCGAAAAGCCAUCGUUGACUCGAACAACGACCCAGUCCUCUGCUAUGACAGAUUCCGAUGCACUAUCAGGCACUACUGCAGUGAUGGGAUACAGUCCCCUUGAUCGUCCGAACGCGUCCAUGCCCCCUGUUCCACCUCUCCCUACGAACAUGCCUAGCCACAUGAAUUCGACCGCAUCGCGACAAACAAAUACCCCGACAAUUUACGGAAGUGAAAGAAGUCGUGGCACACCGACAUCUGGGCAUCGUAACCUAACCGAUGCUGGCCCUAAGUCUUACCAUUCUUACGGUCCUCCUGUUGACCCUUACGCUCCCUCAAGUUCGCCUGCUUUCGAAGACCCUUAUUAUGAGGAAGCACAGCCCGCUCGAUACAACCCUUAUGAACCAUCUGCGGCUCCCUACGAUGCAUAUGGAAGGACGGGGAACCCCCGUAGCCAAGGGACCGCUCGUGCACCAGCACACCAGCAAGAUCCGUACGAUGCACGCUCCUUUACCCCCGCCAGCACUGGUGCGACGCCGGCCCCACAAGGGAGCAUCCCUCCUUUACGCACCAUGACUCCAGCUAGCUAUCGUGGUGCACGCACUCCUGGUCCGCAACUGGGUGAUCCGGACAAUCGUCCACCCCGAGGCUACACGCCUAUGGGCGCCGCUGGUCCUACUGGAUCUGAGGGUAGUGCUUACACUGCAUUUAACCCUUCAAGUACCUCGCCAACAAACUCUCAAGGUCCGCAUCCAACCAUGCAACGGCCUCCUCCCCAACAGGUUACCAACCCUAUACUCGUGCCAACACUGCGUCUCCUGGCACGAUGA